GUUAAUUUACAUACGUAUAAUUUGUUUAUUUGACAACACUUGACCGACAGUAUAAUCAUUUAAGUGUGUGUUCUUUUGAUUAAUACAGUUGGCUGGGUUUUAAUUUUGUCAUAGAUAUUAUCGGAAUUUACUUCCUUGAUCCUGCAGGCAUAAAGGUAAUGGCAUCCGCACAAACUUCCGGAGAUUGGAUGCUGGUGGCCGCAUUUGACUUUGGCACGACAUAUAGUGGCUACGCCUUCUCUCUUCGCGAUAAGCCGACGAUGAUCCAAACUAACCAAGCGUGGAAUGCUGGUUCCGAAGCACUUGUAUCACUGAAAACACCAACAUGUGUUUUACUUAACCCGCAAAAAGAGUUCGUUGCAUUUGGGGUUGAGGCUGAAGAUAAAUACCUGAGUCUUGUUGAACAGGGGCAGCACAAACCGUGGAUGCUGUUCAGAAGAUUCAAGAUGAUGCUUCAUAACAAUGAUGGAUUAAACCGAAACGCAACAGUGGAUGACAUCACAGGCAAGAAGAUGCCCGCAAUGACAAUAUUCGAAAUGUCCAUUCGCUACCUACGUGACCAUCUAGUUGACGCAUUGAAGAAGCAAGUGGACGGAAUCCACGAAUCAGACAUUUUAUACGUGCUUACUGUUCCCUCUAUUUGGAACGAUGCUGCAAGACAGUUCAUGCAUGAAGCGGCUGUAAUGGCUGGUCUAGCCAGUGAUCGAAUCAAGCUUGCACUUGAGCCAGAGGCGGCCUCAGUCUGGUGCCAACAUAUCAGCAGUAGCUUCAAUGCAGACAUUAGCAAGCCUGGCACUCAGUACAUGGUUGUAGACCUUGGAGGAGGAACAGCAGACAUAUCUGUUCAUGAAAAGAAAUUCGAUACAACUUUGAGAGAAAUACAUAAAGCCAGUGGUGGACCAUGGGGAGGUACCUGCGUUGACCAGAAUUUUAUCAAUUGGUUGACCAACAUAUUCGGGGAGAGCACGAUGUCCAGAUUCAGGGAGGAAGAAAUGGAGGGUUACUUUGAACUUUUGCGUGAAUUUGAGACGAAAAAGCGCACAAUAACCCCAGACACGGACGGACCUGUGACAUUUCGCAUCCCUAUAGUCUUAAGAAGUAUCCAUGAUGAGACUAUCAAACGAAAUCUUGAACAGAUGAAACUUACAGACGAAGUAGCUUUGCAAGGAGACAAGCUAAGAGUUGCAGCCAAUAUUGUAAGAUCUUGGUUUUCUGAGUCUAUCGAGAACACAACACAGCAUAUGAUCAACCUUCUUUCCGAGAGUAAACUGAUAAAUGUUUCUACCAUUUUGUUGGUUGGAGGCUACGGGGAAUGCAAGCUUGUACAAGAUUCAGUUACCAAGAAGAUAAGAAACAAGAAUAUCAUCAUACCCCAAGAAGCUGGACUAGUGGUGUUAAAAGGCGCGGUCAGAUUCGGACAUCUAUCUCGGUUGAUUACGUCUAGAGUAAUUAAACACAGACAUGGUUGUGUCUCUGAAGAUGCAAACAUACUCACUGGCUAUGAAAACGAAUCAGUGCUUGAUGGUGUUUUUAAGAGUUGUGCGUGAAGGCCUUGAUUGGACUUCCAAUGUUAUCAUUGUAGAUAAACCAACGGAAAAAUACUAAUAAUAUAUUUUUAAACUGGACUGAAUCACAUUAAAAUGUCUUUUUAAACAGAAUUUAGGUAGUUAUGUUUACCAUUUAAAAACAAAACAAUGGCACUGAGUCUGAGAAGUUACUUCCGAAUUUGUGUUAUCUGCCCUUGAAAAUCAAUUUUGAAAUUGGACUCAUCUGGGAUAUUGUAUGAAAUGUGAUAUUGUAUACUACAGAGUUGUUGUUAAAAACAGCGAAAAACUGAGUUUUGCAACAAAACUAUCAAAUUCGAGAUCAUUAUUAUUCUUAUUAAUUAUAUAUUGUGUAUUGUUUUCUAAAACAUGUGUAUUUUAACAUGUGUGUACUGUUUAUCGGAUCUUUAUUCAAAGGAUGGCCGGUCAGGAUAAAGGCACCAUCCGUUUGGAUCUGCCUAUUGUGCAUAGGUGAGUAACUUGAAAUGAAAUCAAUACAAGUUCAAAAUUUGAAAUUCUUACAGAAACGUAUGAACUCAAAAAUACCACUCGAACAAGAAAAUAUGCAGCCGGGUCACAAAAGUAUGCCUUCACGGUACUUUAAAGCAUGUUGUAUGUGACAACAGAUUUUACUACUUUACCUUAUGUGAUGAUUUAACAAACAUUAUUUUUUUCUGAUAUGUUGCAUAUAAUUAUUCAUUAAACAGUCGGAACCCGUUGGCUCGUUAUCCCAGGGACCGGCCAAAAUACUUCGAGCUUCGAGAAUAUCGAGCCAAGCGGGAAUGCUUACAUACCGUAAAGUUGAUCGGUCCUUGACAUCAAGUUCGAGCCUACGAGGAUAUCGAGUCAUGCGAUAUCGAACCAACGGGUUUCGACCGUAAUAAUCAUGUAUGAUCCAUAUGUCCAUAAUGUAAAUGACAUGUAUAAUUGAGACAUUAUGAAAUGCU